UUUUAAUGGGGGCGCUGUGUCGAAAAAUCAAAAGGAGCGAGCGCCUCGUUCAAAAUAUCAAGUAUGAAUUCUUCACUUUCUCAAGACAGGGAAGGAUUGUUAAAGAAGCUUGAGUAUAAUUUUGAGAGUAUUAUUGCUAAAUAUGAUCAUCCAUUCCCAAAUGAUGAUGAAAUAGACCUCAAUGCAUUCCAUGUGAUAACUGACAAUGGUAGACUGAGAAAUCUACGAGCUGGUACAACAUUUGGAUGUACGAUACUAGCAUCAGAUGUACAAGGUAGUGAUAACUUAAGCCGACAGGAGAGUACGGAUUCUGCGAUUGGAAGCACAAACUAUUCUGACAGUGGUGAUGAGGAUACUUCUGAGGGAAGUGACACAGAUUCCGAUGGCAGUGGACCAUCACACCACUCUACACAAAGAAAGAGGUGCUGGAAGAGCAAUGGAGUUGAAAGAAAGUAUCCGUACACUUAUAAAAAAUACAAGGGAAAUAACUACUAUAAAAGGCAUUGCACAGAAAAAAGAGAAAAAGUCUCGCUUUCUAGUUAUGAUCUUGACAAGCGGGUUGGCGAAGUUCCAUCAAUAUUAUCAGAGUCGAUUAGAUUUGUGGAGAAAGUACAAUCGUUAAUACUUGAAGGUUCAGAGACAUCGUCGGAGGAUGAAUCGUCAGGGAUGACUAGUGUGGAUGAGGACAGUGAUGUUGAAACCUUCAAAAACAGUUCUGUAAAGAUACCUUUGACUUCUACCUUAUGGAGAGGCAGUGGUUCUUGUGUUAAAGAUAUCAAUAGGCUUGGAGAUCCUAAGAGUGUUAUGAACAUGACAUACAACAUUGAUCAUAGUACCAAGGUAUUUAGCUCAGUUUCUGAAAAACCAAAUUUAAUUUCACCAAAGCGCUCUCAUUCUGAACCUCAAGAUGAUGAGUUUGAACAAUCAACAAUCAAUUUGCCAAACAGUGUGACAAAAUUUAACGUUGACUGUAAAAAAAGCCAUCAAAGUGAAGAAAAGCUGAAGUCUACUCCAAGUAAACCUUCUGUACAACAUCCAAAUAAUGAUCAGGAUUUAGCAUCACUGAAUGUGCCAAAAGCUGAAAGGUCAAUUGACAUCCCUACCACUCCUGUAUAUACAGGUGUGAGGCUUCAGACCCCAAGAGCUAAGCUGUACUUUAAUCCAGUUUUAACUAGCCCAGCAUCUCCAGGCUGUACGACUGAAGAGCUCCUCCAAUUUUUGAACUCACCACUUGAUGUACUUGUACAACAGAAUAAUGCUAGAGCUGCCUUGGGGAGUUCCUCAAGGAAGCAUUUCUUUUUUUCACCUCAAAAAAUACAAAAAAUAAAAUGCAAUCAAAGAAGAAAAUUACACCCUCAUUAUGAUUCAAGGGAAGAAAAGUCAAUGGAAGUAGACACUGCUAUUCAAAAUAAAACACCAAGUACUCCACCAAGCAGACGCGACUGUUCUUCCAUAGACCAGAUGGAAAAAGAUAACACCUCACACCUUCUGCCUGAAAAUCACCUUACCAGCAAUCCUAGUUUGCUGGUUUCUCCCUUUGGACACUUGAAUUUAAGAUCGCCAAAUGAUAUCAAGGGUCAAAGAAAUGGGUAUGAAAGAAAAGAUUACAGACAGACUUUCAAUCAAAAUUUAAUGAUCAAUAACUAUUUUAAAAGAGAUAGACUUGAAAAACAAUCUGAUGAUGAAGUUGGCGAUAAUGAUGAUGAUAUUGUCCCACUUGCUGUGUCGGACGAUGAUGACACUUCUGAGAAACCGUCAGUCUGUGGAAUUAACAGCUGUGUAUCAACCCAUUCGCAGGUGCAACACAUGAAAAUAAAUAAGCAAAGUGUUCUACACAUGGCCUCUAAAAAUCCGCGAGAACAGAAACAAUUCACAAGUAGCAAGCAGCAGUCACAUGCAUCACAGAAAAGUAACUUCAGGAAACAUAACAAAAGAGACAACAUAGCUAUCAAAGUUGUUGCAAACUCUACCGAAGAAAUGAAUCAGGCUAGAAAAGACAUAAAGGCAGAUGCAAAUAUCCACAAGAAUGAUGCUUGGUGGAUGAGAGAUCAUUUGAAAGAAAAGAAGUCUAAAACCGAAUGUAGAAAACUUAAUAAUAACACCACACAAGAAAUAGAUGGAAUGGAUAAACAUGCAUGGAUUGUUAACAAAUACCCAGAUGAGUCCAGCAUUUACAUGGAUAACAUCAGCAAUAUAAGUUCCUUGUCUGCUAUUCCUCAAAGCAGUCCAGUACGUCGCCUGGCAUCAGUUCUUAAAGAAUCAACUGCUGAUCACACUGUGGUACAAAAACUCUGUUCACCACAUAAAAGAUUAAAACAGGAUAAUUGUUGCGUUCAAAAGGAAGUGUCUGCCAACCGUGGCGGGGAUACCAGCAACAACAACCCUUCCAAUAUACGUUCAUUUACCUCUCCCACUGUCAAGACAUCACCCCCUCCUAAUAUCCGGACAUCCACCCCUAGGAAAUCACGACCAAGUUCAGUUUCUAAACGCUAUCAUUUAUCAAGACUGCAAGACACAAGUUCCAAUUCAGAAAAUGUAGGCAAAGGAAUUGGAAUACCUGAUUCUAUGGAAAUCCAAAAGAGCUCCAAAGGGAACACCACAUGUAUUCAAACAUCCAGAAAACAGGAUGUCAGUAACACUACGACCAGUAAACACAAUUUAUCUAGUUCCUUCUGUUGUAUGGGUAGUGGAAUAUGUAACAAACCAUUCUGCUUUAACUGCUCAUUUAGCUGAUAGGGUAUAUAUUGUUGUAAAGCUUUAUCGACAAUUAUCUGCCCAUAUAUGGGUGUGCUAUGACAUCCCCAUAUAUGGGCAAAUCACAUGCAUGAACUGAGCUUAAGAUAAGAAUUUAUAUUAUAUUGUCAAAUAUCUAAGAUUUUAAUCUCCUAAAUUGUAUAAGUUUGUAAAUUUAGUAUUUUAAAUAUUUUGAUGAAAUUUCUGCUAACACAUUUUGAAUUUUUUGUAUGUAUUUUAAUAAUAGAUUAUUGUGGAAUUACAAAAUAAAGAUUGAAAUGUAAAGUA